AAAGUUGGGAUGCUUUUCUUCACCCAGUGCUUUGGGGCUGUGUUAGAUCUUAUUCACCUCCGAUUUCAGCAGUACAAAGCGAAGCGGGUUUUCUCCGCAGCUGGGCAACUUGUCUGCGUUGUCAAUCCCACGCACAACCUAAAGUAUGUGUCCAGUCGACGAGCCAUCACUCAGAGCACCACAGAGCAAGGCAGCUUCCACCCUCACCAUCUCACCCACCAUCACUGUCAUCACCACCACCACCGCCACCUGUGUCACCACGCCCACCCCCACCACCUCCACCACCAGGAGGCAGGGCUGCACAGCGCCCAGGUGACACCCUGCAUGUGCCCCUUGUUCUCCUGCCAGUGGGAAGGCCACUUGGAAGUAGUGGUGCCACACCUGAGGCAGAUCCACAGGGUUGACAUCCUGCAGGGAGCCGAAAUAGUCUUCUUGGCUACGGACAUGCACCUGCCUGCGCCAGCCGACUGGAUCAUCAUGCACUCCUGCCUUGGCCACCACUUCCUACUGGUGCUAAGGAAGCAGGAGAGGCACGAGGGGCACCCUCAGUUCUUUGCCACCAUGAUGCUGAUCGGGACCCCUACCCAGGCCGACUGCUUCACCUACCGCCUGGAGCUCAACAGGAAUCACCGGCGUCUCAAAUGGGAGGCCACCCCCCGGUCUGUCCUUGAGUGUGUGGACUCAGUGAUAACUGAUGGGGACUGCCUUGUCCUCAACACAUCAUUGGCCCAGCUGUUCUCUGACAAUGGCAGCCUUGCUAUCGGGAUUGCUAUCACUGAGACGGAAGUCCAUGCCACUGAAACCGAGAUGUGA